AUGCUGAACCAGGCUGCGAAGAAGUUCUCCAAGAUGCAUGUUAGACGGAAUCCGAACCUGUCUAUACAGGCGACAGCACACUACUCACAACUAAGCCCGCCACCCCAGUCUGCUACCUCGAGUGCUUUCCUCUCUCCUACGGUUCCUUCGAGACGUGGACUGCUUGCGAGAUCCCCGCCGCCGAGCCCGAGCCUUCCUAGUCUGCUGCCGAAGCAUGGCAAGAAGACUACACAGCCGAGUCAUUCGAAGUUGGUGAAGCGGAUACUGAUAGGGUGCUGUGGAGUAGCGUUCUUACUCUGGAUUGUGCUGAGGCAGAUUUACGCAAACUCGCAGGGAGCGGCCACUUAUGAGGAUGGCAGUGAUGAAGAAUGGGAGAUGGUUGGUGGCAGUCAGUUGCCACACGAGCCUGUUGCUCUUGCGCUCCAGGAUGCCAAGGGAAAGAUGAGGUGGACUGUAUCGAUACCAUCCGACUACGAGUUUCCACUUCGUCCGGCACAGUACCGUGAUAUAUGCCAUCAGUCUAUGGAAGUGUCCAAGGAGAUUAGUCAGGAAGCAAAGGCUUCGGCUGGCUUUGCCAAGAGAAUGUUGAACUACUACCAGCAAGAUCAGUAUUAUAUUGAUGUCCAAGAAGCGGAACAACAAGGUCUGUUGCCAUCAACCAAGGCUACAGGAAGACCGAAAGGCUUUGUUGAGGACGAGGCUAUCAAGGAUGGUAUCUCUACGGAAGGACUCAAGGUCUGUGACAGGACCUUGACAUAUGUUAUGGAAACGGAAGAUGCAGGCUUUGGCAACACGCUGAUGCGUUUGUGGAUGUCGUAUGGUUUGGCGAAAGCUGAGAAGCGCGCCUUCUUCGUUGACGACACUCGUUGGCCUUAUGGCAAGUACUCCUCUUACUUUCAACCUCCACCCUCCGCCAAUUGCCUUCCGCCUCCUCCCUCCCACAUUGUCCCAUGCCCUCACACCGCCCGCCACAUCGUCGUCAGCGGAGCGACGCUAAAAUCUACCUUCGGUCACUCCUUCACAGACGAGUGGGAAGACCCAACAAAGAUGGGCGUUCAACGUCAAUCAAAAAUCUUCAACCUCGCCCGAACCGGCUACGAAGCCCUCUUCAAACUCCGCUCAGAUGAUGAAGCCUACGUUCUCCAACGAGCGCUAGACAUGUACGGAGAAGUCAAGAGCGAGGGCGGCCUCAGCAUCGCCAUGCACGUCCGCCACGGCGACAAACACCCCAUGGAAUACCAAUACCAAAAAGACUACAUCCCCCUGGCCCGCUACGUUGACACAGCCCGCGACCUCUACAUCGACCUCGUCGAAGUCCCCCGCCACACAACCUCCAAAAUGAUCCUCGCCUCCGACGACCCCCUCGUCUACGACUCCCCCGAGCUAGGCCCAAACAGCAUCCGCGCCCAAGACCGCAUCGUCCUCGCCACAAAAGCCGCCCUCGAAGCCGCCCAAUCGCAGCCGAAGAAAAACACUUGGAUCGAUGAGAUCACCGGAUGGGAAGGCGGAUUUUACCGCGACGUCUUCUUUUCCCUGGGGCAACCCGUUGGUAACGCUGAGGACCUGAAGAAGGUUAAUGACGAUAAGGUUGCUGCUCCUGAGAGCGCGAUGAAACUAAGGGAACUUGUUGGGCGCGCGUAUUUGCUUGAUCUGAGCGUGUUGGGCAAGGCAGAUACGGUAGUUUACAAGGACAAAUGGAUCAACACAGAGCGCCAGCGCUUAUCGAAACAGUUCAACGUUCCCAUAUCGCAGGAUACUCCACCCGGCUUCCCAAUCAACACAUUACCCAUCCAACGUGCCCUAGCUUCCCUCUCGCUCUCGCACCCCCAAAACCUUGAACGCGCCAUUGACCUUUUCUACAAGAACUUCUGGGCAAAAUGGAACGACCCGAUCAAACUGGAGAACCUGCUUGCUAUCCUUACGACCGUUUUAGGCAGUGAGGAAGAGGCAAUGAAAGUGGUUGAGAGGACGAAGACGGAGGAGGUGAAGAAGAAGAAAAAGGGCAAGAAGGGCUACAGGAUACCAUUACAGAAACAAGAGCAACUCGUCAACGCCAUCGCCGCCACGAGCGUUCCACUCGCAGACACCUCAGGAAUCAACGACCUUGACGACGCUAUCCGCCUGAGGAGGGAGAUAACACAAUAUCACAAACACAACAAUACAGCGGAUUUGGGUCAUGAAUACUUCAACGGGAGCCUGGAAGCGCUCAUGGCAGCGUUGAAAGGUCUCAUCCCCGGAAUAAACAAGGUUCAAGAUCACAAGAAUGACAAGUCUACCUUUGUGUUCAUCCAGAUUCCCACCAGGCCUAAGACAAGCCAAGACGAACAGGAUGUUUUGUUGGAGAAGCUGCGGAAACGGGACAGAUCCGACUUGGAGGAAGACGGCCAGCAACAUCGAACUUCGACGCCCAAGGCGAAGAAGAAGGUACCGAUACCAGAAACGAAUCCGUUGACUGCAGAGGAAGAGCAGUUGCGUCGAGAGUUCCUUGUACUCUGCUUCCUAUACAACCUCAACCGUAUACGGGAUGUUGUUUACGAGGUGUGGGUUCUCUACCACGAGGGUCUCGUCAAUGCAAUUACGGCGGCUUUGGUGUCUGACCUUGCUCAGGACCAUGUACACCAAAACGUCGAGGCACUAGUGGAAGAGCUUGAUCUGUUACCUAGAGAAUUGGCUACAAUUAUCCGUCAGCUUUUUGAUAAGAUACAAACUGCUCCUGAUACCAGAACGCAAGGCUUAGCGAUAAUACCUACUGAAAAGGCAUUGCGCCACCUGUUUGGUCUGGAUGCUGCCGCUUUGGUCAAGAUUUACAUUACGGAGACACGCUCAACAGAGAACAUCGUCAACGACGACAUACGAGAGCACCCUCUCAUGCUUUUCUUGGGGUUCUUCGACGUCAUUCGCAAGGGCAACCUCAAGCUCCCAAAGUGGGACCACUUCACCAGAGAGAUGCUGCUGCGUCAGGAUACAUCACAAGAUUACCUACCUUUCGGCUUGAGCAUAGUCCUCGAUAUCCAGAAAGCAGUGAGCGAAGACUAUCGCCGAAUGAUACGCGACCUUACCGAGCAUGGUCUAGAUAUCGCUAGAUGCAUUCUUUGCCAUGUCGAUUACGAGGACCGCAUGUGGAUGAAAGGAACAAAGCCCGACUAUAUGUGCAAAGAAGAAAUCAAGAUCAGCACCAUACUUCUCAAGCCUCUAGACAGACUGUUGGAAUGGCUACAGGAUCUUCUGAACUCCCAAGAAAAGCCAAUGACCGCUAGUGUCUUCAUCACUGUCCAUGCGACGCUCGCAGGACUCUCUAUGUGGCACUUCAAUCAGAUCUACCAUCACACUGCGAUCAUCAAGAUACAGUGGUUCAUCAACGGUUUGGCUCAUCUAUAUAACGCCGCCUGCCAGAUUGGAGGUCUGAAUAUCUGGUGGCCAGACCUCGACUACCUGAUCAAUAUGCAUGGGUCCAAGGUUAUGUUCCGGGGCGAUCCACCCACUCACCCAAACGACUUCCUCAACCGCUAUCUUCUCUCGAGCCACACUAGUAGUCGCACUAUGGCCUCGGAUUUUCGUAGCACGUGCAAUUUCCUACCUCGUGUGUCGAAAGAAUUCGGUACUAAGCGCGGCUUACAGACUGAGUUGCCGUUGGAUGCUAAGAUUCGCGAAUACUAUGGUCCAAAUCCGGACAACGAUCGUUGGCUGAGGCGCCACGCGGUCUUCAACUACCUCUACCGACAGAAGGAGGCUACUACGGAUACGCCAGACGAUGACAUCGAAGAAGCUGAUCAAGAUCUGAAAGACCUGCAAGAUACUUUUGCAAAUCUAGCGACCAAGAUCACGCCUCCAAAACCAAGGCGCAAAGGCAAGAACAAGUCCAGGGUACGCAAACCCGAUUUCAACAAGCAAGACGAGAUACACGCCAAUCUCUUUGGUACCAUGAAGUCAGAGCUGCAAGACAGCGAAGUACACAGUAACUUUGACUUCCUUUCGUUCUACCGCCGCGCCUACGACCUCGUCCUGCGUAUCCGCGAGGAAGUCCUCAUGAGCGACGAAGCCCGGCGCUUCCGAGCUGAAGACAUGAAUGCGAAUCCAGAUCCUCCAAACUUUCAACUCAUAAACGAUCUCUUCAGGGCGUUGCAGAUCGAGCCCAAGACUAAGAAAGAAAAGGAGGCGGAAGCAGAGGAGGGCGCUGGGCAGCAGCUUUCGACCAAGGUUGUGCCGUUGAAGCAGAUUCGACGUGUUGCUGAGAUGAUGCUGGAUUUGACUCGUGGUAAAGGCGAUGUGGAGUUGAUGCGCGCGAAGCUGCGGGUUAAGGGAGAUUGGGAGGGUCUCAAGGCUUCGUAUGCUGCCGAAGAGGCGGAGAAGGAAACGCCUGUCGUCGACGACACUAUCGUGCAGGUGGAAGAGGAGGCGGUACUUGCGGUUGCCGAAGAUAGGGCCGGUGUUGAGGCUCCACUACGCCUCGACGAUGGCGAUCAUCGAGUCAAGCCCAAGUUUGAGGCGGAUGGAGACUCAGAGGAUAGCCCGAUAUAUACGCCUGGCAGCCAACUCUUGGGACAAGAACAUGCAGAGAACGAUCUGGAAGACAUCCUAAACCAGACUACUAUUUUAGAGAUUACAGAUACCGCCACCGAUGUUCAGGAUAACGAGGUUCCAUCAGGCCAGGAAGACAGAAAGAACGACAUCAAGCGUAGGUACGAAGCAGACGAAGACUCUGAGAAGAGCACAGCCUACUUACCUAGCCCCGGCGACCAGAUCGACAAUUCUGCCGAAGACACUCGCUCUCAACGCAUUCUCACUUUCGUCGCUCGAAAAGUAGAGCAGAGCCAUUCCUUGGAUGGACAAGUCCGACAGAUCAUCAGCACCGCAAACUCGACUUCCCUCGCAGCACUCAUCCAUGCUGACGAACUCUAUGACGCAGCACCCAUGGCUCGCUCACCAUCUGGUAUCAAGAAUGGAACCAGGCCAAAAGAAGUUUACGACCGCAUAACCUACUCCAGCACCACGUCCCGGAAACACCACAUCAUCACCGUUCAUCCUUCCCGUACCUCCAAGGAAACUAAGAUUCUAGCUCUAUCUCAGCCGCGUAGAGGCUUCUUCCGCCGUCUCACAGGCACUGCUAGUAAACACCACGUCGCAUUUCGCUGCUACACUCGAUGCGGUAUGGCGCGCGCGCUGCAUGGCCAGCAGACUCGUCUACAGCGACAGAUGGCGAUUGCUGUUGUGGAGCUGAAGAAGAAGAAGGCAAGACGGGAUUCUGCGGAGUUGGAGAAGGUGUGGUUAGGUGCUGGGGAUGGGGAUGGGUAUAUGGGAAAGGUUUGGGAGUCGGAGAGUGAUGUUAGUUUGGACUGA